AUGUUAUUAACUAAUACGCUUAGUAGGUUAGAAGUAAUGAAUUUUAGUUUAAAAAUAAAAAGAAUAAAUGUGCCCGUUCAUAAAUUUCCUCAUGUCAUAUGUUGGAGAAAAAAAUUGAAUUUUCCAUGUGUAAAAUACAAUUAUGCCAAAUUCUAUUCAUCAAAUUGUAUUACCAAGACUGAUACUUUUAAUAAUCAUCAUAAUAGCAUUGGCCCUGGAAAAAGAGAAACUAGGGCUCAUAACAAUAACGACGGCGACAACAACUGCAAUAAUAAUAAUAAUAAUAAUAAUAAUAAUAAUAAUAAUAAGACUUUAUUUACACUGCCAAAUAUUUUAACAAUAUCACGAAUUAUAGCGACUCCGUUUAUUGGAUAUUUUAUUAUUGCAGAACAAUACUUAUUAGCUUCGUCAUUAUUUGCAUAUUCCUGUAUUACAGACUUUUUAGAUGGUUAUAUAGCGAGAAAAUUUAACAUGCAGUCGUCAGCAGGAACUAUAUUGGAUCCAGCAGCAGACAAAUUAUUAAUGUUGGUAACAACUUUAUCUUUUUCUUUACCCAGUGGACCUCAGGUCGUACCUUUAAGCAUUGCAUCUUUAAUUAUUGGAAGAGAUCUAUUUUUGGCAUUCAAUUCCUUUUGGAUACGGAGACAAAGUUUGAAACUUAAAUAUACACAUUACACAUCUAAGAUAUUUUGGGAUUUCUAUCAUUAUCCUAGCGUUGAAGUGAAGCCAACUAUUAUUUCUAAGUGGAACACUUUUUUUCAAAUGUUAUAUUUGGGACCUGGUGCAGUAACUGCAUUGUUUUUAAGAAAAAAAGAUGAAGAUGAAACCGAAGCUGAGCACACUCUAGAUGAAAAUAAUACAGCUUGGUUCGAUUAUUUUGGGUAUUUCGUAGGUUGCACCACUAUUUUAAGUGGUAUGUCUUACAUUGGUAGAUCGAAAUAUACAACAAAACUUAUUAAAUGA